AUGGAACACUGUGUCUCUGAAACAGAGAAGUUGUUUGAGCUAUGCGAUAGAGAGAAAAAAGGAUAUUUGGUUGUCGAUGAUUUAAUACAGUCUUGUCCGCAGCUCAGCCAUGCUGAAAUUGACUUUGUUUUCAAAACACUCGACGUAGAUGGAUCUGGAAAGAUAGAACGUAAAGAAUUUGUUGAAGGUUUUAAUGAUGCGCUUGGCAGAAAAAAUAAAAACGACUCGUUAUGUGUUAGUUCACCGUCAAAUGAAACAGGUUAUAGCAGUGAUGAAGCAAACACUUCUUGUAAUCCAGAUAAUUUUCUUUCAACAGAUAAUAUUUCUGAACCUGAAAGUAGUAGUUUUGGAAGGAGUUCGUCUGCCCUAAUACAGGGCGAGGAAGUGUAUCAUUCAGAGUCUGAUGCAUCCAUUCCUAUCGAUUUGUCGAUUCCAUGUCAAGAAGAAGUUCUAAAGUUGUAUGAGCAACUACAGUCGUGUGGGAUGGGUAAGAUGUUGUCCAGAUUUGAAAGAAUUGUUGGAAAUUUUUGUAAGGAACUGAAAGAUCGUAAGGACGAAAACCUUAGACUGCAACAUGUUUAUGAAAGUGAACGUAGAUUAUACAGUCGAAGAAUGCAAGAAGUUGAAAGUGAGAUGGACCAGCAUAUCCUGGAAAGCGAACAGAGAAUUCGUGAGGAGGAAAAAAAAAGGUUAACUUGGGAGAAGGAAGAAAUGAGAUUGAAGCUAGAGGCCGAAAUGGAUGAACUGAAAGAAAAUAUUGCAAAAAUGAAAUUAAUUGAAGCAAGUUUGGACACCGGUGGGUGUAAGUCUGAUCAAACUGCAGAGCUGAAGGCCAAGCUAAAGGCGAACGACAUUCUGACACAACAGCGAUUGCUUUUAACAGUUGAGUGGAAUUGUUUUGAUGAGGAAGAGGAGUUAGGUGAAAAGUACGAGCUAUCGGACGAAAAUGAAUCUUUGAAGACAAAUUUAGCAGAUUCGCACAUUGAGUUAGCGUUGAUUAAGUCUGAACUACUAAACGUGAAAUCUGAGUAUGAAUCAACUAAGGAAGAGCUUCUAAGCGACACGGAAUUUAGUGACGCGAAUAAAAAGUUGCACGAUACCAACGAUAGCCUUCGAGGAGCGCUGAGCCAGCGUAACGUUCUUUACAAGCAGAUCAGAAGACUUAGUGCUCCACGUAUUGUUCCGCCACCUAUGUUAUUGCAGCAGCAUUCUCCAGAGGUCGCUGAAAUACUGCCUUCUGAAGAACGACAAAUUUCACAUCAGAUUAUGCAUUCAAGUGCUGAAGAAGUUCAUAAGGAUGCGGAAUACGCUGUCAGCCUAAAUUCACCGCAUCCACGGGAUUCAAAUAUACGGUCUGAAAGUGAAGAUAUUGCGUUUCAAAAUGCUAGUGGUACUCCGGAAAGGACAUUCCGUAUUGUUAUGUGUGGUGAUGCUGCGGUAGGGAAAUCUUCGCUUGUAUAUAGGAUUAUUAAAGGGUCGUUCAGUGGAAGCUUACCGAGCACGCUUGGCGUUGAUUUUUAUGUAAAAACUGUCCGUAUUGAAGGCAAAGUAGUUGCAGUUCAGCUAUGGGAUACUGCUGGUCAGGAACGGUUCCGUAGUCUCUGCAAAAGUUAUUUUCGUAGGGCAGAUGGGGCUAUCUUGGUGUAUGACUGUGUUUCCGAAAGAACAUUUAUUCGUGUUCGUGAAUGGAUUGAUAUCAUUAGGGAGUCAACGUUAAGACCUAUACCUGUUAUGCUAUGUGGUAACAAAACAGAUCUACGGAGAGGCCUAGGCAACAGUGGUGGAUGCGUUACUACUAAAGAUGGAGAGGAAGUUGCUGAGGCUUUAGGCGUAAUCUUUGCCGAAUGUAGUGCACUAGACGGAUCUAACGUGGACAAUGCCUUUUUCAUUUUGGCAAGGGAACUGAUGGCAACCGAAGAUGUUGAAGUGAAGAGUACGGGUGUGACACUGACAGAAAAGAAAAGUAGCUCGUGUUGUGGGAGGCGAUAG